CCGCCUAUUCGCCUUCCAGUUGCCUCCACGCUAUAUAAACACUCAUUGGUGCCUCUGGCUUGACGCACACACACUCCUUGCGCACGCAUGCACAAUACACACACUGAGGGUGACUUGUAUAGGCAGCCAGAGAGCGAGAGAGAGAGAGGAGAGAGAGCGCUCUGAGAAACAGAAAGGUACACAGAGAGGAGAGUGGACGUCAGAAAGUAAGAGAAAGAGAAGGAGGACGGCAGCUCCUGAGCAUCUCCUGCGCACCCACGCAUCCCUGUACGCUCACGGAUCUUAAACAUUUCUACUCCUCGUGUUUGCGCCACAGAGACGUGACUUUUUAAUGCAAAGACGCCUUUUGAUUUUCUCUUUAAAAAUUAUUUGAAGGAGACGCGAUUCCUGGAAGAGUUUUCGUUUAUUUUUUUCCUCUCUCACCUUAAACCAACUCUUUCCAUCCCUCGAGAAGUUUUAAAAAGUAAAAAGCCCUCGUCAGUUCCAGGGCUCGGCUUCACUUUUUCCACGUGUCCCCGGGAGUCCCGGCGUUUGAAAUACACGUGUCACCUUAGAGAUCAUUUUUUUCUUUUUCUUUCUUCAGCAAUUUUUUCCAUCUCCCUUUUUUAUUUUAAUUUUUAGUCAGUAAUUCACAAACGAGACUAAAAAUGAUAUUUCAAACAUCAGGACAGACCCCAGCCAAGAGAAUUCCGUGUCCUAAAUGUUUCAAUCAUUAAAACAAAGCGAGUUUUAAUAGUUUCACUUUCCCCCCCACACUUCAUAAGCUGAGGCGUGAUCCUGAAGACGCGGGGAGCUCACCUGUAGCGUCUCUGCCCAGUUCAGCCGAGCCUGAUUCGCACCUCUGAGGCACAGAGACGCCACUUUGUGACUGUUUUAAAACACAGACCCACGAAAUCAGAAAGGAACUUUACACACUUCAUUCAUUCUCAGAGCAGAGCAGCCGCUGCCUCCUGACACCUCCAGCGCGCGUAAAAAGAGCGCUGCGCUAUUUUACGCAAAAAAGAACUUUGAAAGUUUGACGAAGAUUUACUUUGCCCCCUUUUUGGAGCACAAAAGUUUCAGCGCAUCUUUCUCCAAAGUUUCUGAAAGUCGACCCCAGUUCCGCAGAGAUCACCGGGCUCUCCAUCACCAUGCUGUUCGACACUUUCGACAUCGUCUCCGCUCUGGCCACUCUGGCCGCUUGCCUGGUGUCCAUGGCCCUGCUCCUCGCCGUGUCCCAGCAACUGUGGCAGCUCCGUUGGACGGCCACGCGGGAUAAAAACUGCAAGCUGCCCAUGCCGAAAGGAUCCAUGGGCUUCCCCUUCAUCGGCGAGACCUGCCACUGGCUCCUGCAGGGCUCGAGCUUUCAUGCAUCACGGAGACAGAAGUACGGCAACGUGUUCAAGACCCACCUGCUAGGCCGUCCUGUGAUUCGGGUUACGGGCGCAGAGAACGUGCGCAAGGUGCUGAUGGGCGAGCACACUCUGGUGGCGGUGGACUGGCCUCAGAGCACGUCCACGCUGCUGGGACCAAACUCACUGGCCAACAGCAUCGGAGACAUCCACCGCAAGAGGAGGAAGGUGUUUGCCAAAGUGUUCAGCCAUGAGGCCUUAGAGUCGUACCUUCCUAAAAUCCAGCAGGUCAUCCAGGAGAGUCUCAGAGUGUGGAGCUCUACGCCUGAGCCCAUCAACGUCUACAGGGAGAGCCAGAGGCUUUCCUUCACCAUGGCUGUCAGGGUGCUGCUGGGCUUCAGGGUGACGGAGGAGGAAAUGAAGCAUUUGUUCUCAACCUUCCAGGACUUUGUUAACAACCUCUUCAGUCUGCCCAUAGACCUGCCAUUUAGUGGCUACAGAAGGGGUAUCCGUGCACGAGACACCCUUCAGAAGAGCAUAGAGAAAGCCAUCAGGGAGAAGCCCAUGUGCACCCAAGGCAAAGAUUACAGUGACGCGUUGGAUGUCCUAAUGGAGAGUUCCAAAGAAAAUGGCAGCGAGCUCACCAUGCAAGAACUCAAGGAAUCAACCAUUGAGCUGAUCUUUGCUGCCUUUGCCACCACUGCCAGCGCAAGCACCUCCCUUAUCAUGCAGCUCCUCCGCCACCCGCAAGUCCUUGAGCGCCUGAGGGAGGAACUGAGAUCCAGGGGUCUCCUUCACAACGGCUGCCUCUGCCCAGAAGCAGAACUGAGGCUCGACACCAUUAUCAGCCUGAAGUACCUGGACUGUGUCAUCAAGGAGGUGCUGAGACUCUUUACUCCUGUUUCUGGGGCCUACCGAACCGCCAUGCAGACCUUCGAACUGGACGGAGUCCAGAUUCCCAAAGGCUGGAGUGUGAUGUACAGCAUUCGGGACACCCACGACACUGCUGCCGUCUUCAAAGAUGUGGAUGCCUUUGACCCUGACCGCUUCAGUCAGGAGCGGAGUGAAGACAAAGAAGGACGCUUCCACUAUCUGCCUUUUGGUGGCGGCGUCAGGUCCUGUCUGGGAAAGCAGCUCGCCACCCUCUUCCUUCGCAUCCUGGCGAUCGAGCUGGCCUGCACCAGCCGCUUCGAGCUGGCUACGCGGAACUUCCCCCGCGUGAUCACGGUGCCCGUUGUCCACCCGGUCGAUGGGCUGAAGGUUAAGUUCUACGGAUUGGACUCCAACCAAAAUGAGAUCAUGGCCAAGUCCGAAGAGCUCCUGGGAGCGACAGUUUAAAAGGGUGGAGGGGUUGAUGAGUGGGGGUAGGGGAGGAGAGCAGAUUUGUAAGGGAGAAGAUUUGAGAAAGGAAGGAAUACAUUUUAGAGUUAUCUUUUCCUUUCCACCUUUUUUUUCAGCCAAGAAGGAGAAGUCUUAAUGUUAUGCUACAGCUGAUGAUUUGGACUUUCCUUUAGGAAAGAAAGAAGCUGCCAAAAAAAGUUCUAGAGUUCUAUACUAUACAAAGAACUAUACACACAAAAAGUAUGUACAAAAAAAAGAAAACAAAAAAAAAGCUAUGUAAUAUAAUUUGAAAAAGAAUGUGGGUAGUGCACAAAGUGAGAAAGAGAGUUGUGGUGGUACUUUUGGUGAAAUGAAGUGUAGAAAAGUUAAAGAUGGUUGUCAAUGGGAGGCGAGAUGGAUGAAACAGGGUAAAGGACGAACAAAUAUGAUAUUCUAGCAUUUAUGCUUGUGCUUAAUCAAAAAAUGAGUGAACCAUUUCAGUUGUAUUGCAGGGUAAGAGAGAUGGAUAUAUAGACUUAAACAUUUCAGGUUUCAUGAUCCUUUAGUCUUUUUCAUUUCCUUCUUAGUGGUGCCCUCCAAAUUUAAUCCAUGUCUUUUUAGUGUAUAGUAGUGGUAGCUUUUUUUGGGUUCUUUCCAAUUCAAGUUCUUUACUAGCACUCGGAUGCACCCUAAAGGAUCGUUGCACACUGGGUAGCAGGUUGUGCAUCACUUUAGCUCUAUACCAUUAACUGUAUGAUGAUGCAGUAUAUACUUUUGAGUGGUUUAAACUUGUACUGCUAAUUAGUGUCAAGUAUCAAUGAAGAAUGUAUUUUAAUGGGGAAGAUACGCUGGACGGCUAAGUUGAGGGGCAGUACUCAAACCACACUGAAGUGAUGUAAAUGGGCAAUUUGUUUCUUAUGACAACAUUGCCUUUCCUAUCUGCCUCUAACAGUUUCCAUAUUACCUCCACUCGUGCACCAUAAAGUAAAAUAAGCUUCUCAAAGUACUAGCAUCGCAAAGAAACACAUACAUAAAGGCUAAGAGCUGCAGAGCUUUUAUCCAGGAGGGAGGGGGGAUUUUAAUGCAAAGUGCAGCUGCAAUCACAGUAAAGAGAGGAACUAGGGAGCCUCAAACUCUUUGAGAUAUAUCUUGAAAGAAUAAAAUCAUGCUGGAAGGACAACGUGCUUUCUGGCUCUAACAUUCCACUUAAAAAGCCCUAAAAAUGGGAACUGAGUUCAAGAGAAGCUCAAAGAAAGCCUUACUUCCUUAAUUCCACUUUGAACCUUGAGAUUGUUUUUCAGGUUGCCUGUCUGCAUUAAGUCAGAAUCUUGCCCAUAGAUACAAAUCCUCAAUUAUCUAAAAAGUGAAUAAACUCAGGUGCAGAUUAGGCACUAUGGUGUAGAACU